UGCUUAUGUCAGCAAAGUCUGGCACAUCAGCCCCCACGUCCAGGAAACAAGCUUGCGUUGGCUGCCUAGGGCUCAGACUCCUGUCGUAGGAGUGGCUGCCACACACCUGGAGGCCGAGCUUGCUUGGAAUUUCUUCUGUAGUCCAACUUGAACCUCUGCAGCUACCUCACCUAACAGCCUGAGCCAGUCUUAACACCUGCAGAGGGCCAGGCUCAGAUUCUCUUUCUGUUUUUCCUAAUGUAGGACCGCGGACUUGACAUCCCAAGCAUUGUCUAAGAAACUGGUAGUUAAUUUAAUCCUCAAAGUAAUUGUCUGAGAUAGUUACCACCAUUGUUUUUAUAUUGGUGAGGCAGCUUAGAUUCAGAGAAGCCAAUGUGCCUGAGACUACAUCUCUAGUACGGGGAAGAGUUGGGGGAGGGAAAUAUCCCGAAGCUCACAUUGUAGGGCUCUGCACAGCUAGGCAGGAGCGCCACACCGAGCUGUACUCUAGCCCUUGUCUCCCACUCUGAAUCCACCUGAGCCAACUCAGCUCACAGGUGUCGCCAUUGGGUCAGGAUUCCUGGAUGGAGCUAGCUUUUUUUAAAUAUUUAUCUAUUAUGUAUACAAUGUUCUGUCUGUGUGUAUUCCUGAAGGCCAGAAGAGGGCACUAGACUUCACUACAGAUGGUUGUGAGCCACCAUGUGGUUGCUGGGAAUUGAACUCAGGACUUUUGGAAGAGCAGGCAAUGCUCUUGACCACUGAGCCAUCUCUCCAGCCCCUGGAUGGAGCUAGCUUAAGUGAGGAGUUGGAAGGGUCUAACCUCCAGCCCAGCACUUGUAAGACAGCAACACUGGCAUGAGACCGAGCUCUGCACAUGUGGCCUCAGAAGCAAACCACGGGACAUGUGUGAAACCUACCUGGCCUUGUCCUGAGGGAGGCAAGUAACUGGUCUAGAAGUCAGAUUUUUGGGGUUUUGUUGUUGUUGUUGUUUUGAGACAGGGCUGCUCUUGCUGGGAUUAAAGGCGUGCGCCACCACCACCCGACCAUAAAUACUUAAAGGAAUUUUAAAAAUUAUUUUAUGUGUAUGCCUGUGUCUGCACCACGUGUGUGCCUAGUGCCUGGAAAGGACAUAAGUGGGUGUUGGAUCCCCUGGAACUGGAGUUACAGGUGGACCUGGAAAUCGAACGUGGGUCUCCCGGCAAGAGCAGCCCAUGAAGAAACCAAUGAGCCAUCUCUCCAAGCCCCUAGGCAUUUUUUUUUUUAAGUUUUUUUUUUCAAGACAGGGUUUCUCUGUGUAGCCCUGGCUGUCCUGGAACUCACUCGGUAGACCAGGCUGGCCUUGAACUCACAAAGAUCUGCCUGCCUCUGGGUUUAAAGGCCAUCACUGCCCGGCAACCCCAGACAUAUUUUUAAAAUUUAUGAGUGUGUGUGCGUGCUGAAUGCCAUGACGUGUGGUAGACUUCAACUUGCAAGAAGCCUUUCUCCACCAUGUGGGUCCCGGGAAACAGACUUGGCUCAUUAGGCUUGGUGGCCAGUGUCUUUGUGCCAGCCCCCUACAUAUUUUUUGUUUACGGGCCUGGUGAAAUGGCUCAGCAGGAAAGGCACCUGGCCACCAUGUGAUUUCAAACUCUGAGAACCACAUAGGAGAAGGAAAAAGCCCUCACAGGUUGCCUGCCCUCUCUCUAGAAUAAAUAAUUGAUAAAAAAAAAAAAUAAUAAUAGGGGCUGGAGAGAUGGCUCAGAGGGUAAGAGCACUGGCUGCUCUUCCAGAAGUCCCGAGUUCAAUUCUUAGCAACCACAUGGUGGCUCACAACCAUCUGUAAUGAGACCUGGUGCCUUCCUUGCCAGCAGUACAUUGUAUGCUUAAUAAAUAAAUCUUUUAAAAAAAUAAUAAAAAGCAACAUUCCUUCCAGUCCACUUGAUGGGACCAAUUUGAAAUUCUUACUAUUAUUCUGUGUAUGUGAGUGUCUUGCCUGCAUGUAUGUCUGUGCACCACAUAUAUGCCUGGUGACUUGGGAGGGCAGAAGAAGGUGUCAGAUCCCCUGGAACUGGAGUUACAGGUGGUGUGCACUGCCCUAUGGCUUCUGGGAAUCGAAUGGGGUCAGUGCUGCUAGGUGUUGAGUCAUCUCUCCAGCUCCCACCCCUCAAAGCCCUGGAGUUUUUCAGGCAAGACAGAAACAGUUUCAUUGUUUAAAGUUACUGGUGCAGUAAAUGGGGGAACUGGGAUUUGAACUGGGGGAGUGUGGCCAUUGCCAGAAGUCCAGAGAGGCGUAAGGACCACACAACCACCGCCCCAAGCCGUUGGUUUCCUUCUAGCCCAGGAAAAGUAACACCUGGCUCUUAGUUGACUGGGGGCGGAGCUGGGGUGGAGCCAGGGAAACCCAGGUGGCUCCUCUGAGAACGAGCUAGCGCACUGAGUGGCCCGGAGCAGGAUGCGGCAGAGCUGGGGACCAGGGCUGCUUAUUGUGGGAGCUGUGGUCCUGCUAGAGGGUCUUCAAGCAGCUCAGCGUGCCUGCGGGCAACGCGGCCCUGGCCCUCCGGAGCCCCAGGAAGGCAACACGUUACCUCAUGAAUGGCCCUGGCAGGCCAGCAUCAGGCGACAGGGGGUACACAUCUGCAGCGGCUCACUGGUGGCCGAUACCUGGGUCCUCACAGCCGCUCACUGCUUUGAAAAGGUGGCCACAACAGAACUGAGCUCCUGGUCCGUGGUCCUGGGUUCUCUGAAGCAGGAGGGGCUGAGCCCAGGGGCUGAAGAGGUGCCAGUUGCUGCUCUGCAGUUGCCCAAGGCCUAUAACCACUACAGCCAGGGAUCAGACCUGGCCCUGCUCCAGCUCAGCCACCCCACAGCCCAUACAACCCUCUGCUUGCCCCGGUCCACCCAUCACUUCCCCUUUGGAGCUUCUUGCUGGGCCACAGGCUGGGACCAAAACACCAGCGAUGUUUCCAGGACCCUACGGAACCUGCGCCUUCGUCUCAUCAGCCGCCCCACCUGCAACUGUCUCUAUAAUCGGUUACACCAGCGGCUGCUGGCCAACCCAGCAAGACCUGGGAUGCUGUGUGGGGGUGCCCAGCCUGGGGUACAGGGACCCUGCCAGGGAGAUUCUGGGGGACCUGUGAUGUGCCGUGAGCCUGAUGGACACUGGGUCCAGGUUGGGAUCAUAAGCUUCACAUCAAAAUGUGCCGAAGAGGACACUCCUGUGCUGCUGACUGACAUGGCCACUCACAGCUCGUGGCUGCAGGCCCGCGUUCACGGGGCAGCUUUCCUGGUACAGGACCCAGGAACUGUGGAGACCAGCGAUGAGAACAGCUGUGUAGCCAACAGCCACCCACAGACAGUGCCUGUCAGAGUCCUGGGGCGAAUGGCCUGUAGCCAACACCACGCAGCCCCUGGGAGCACGGGCACUCCCAUCCUGCCCGGGAUGGUCUGCACCACUGUCGUGGGUGAGCUGCCUCAGUGUGAGGGCCUAUCUGGGGCACCACUCGUCCAUGAGGUCAGGGGCACGUGGUUCCUGGCUGGACUGCACAGCUUUGGAGACACCUGCCAAGGCCCUGCAAGGCCUGCGGUCUUUGCGGCACUCUCUGCCUAUGAGGACUGGGUCAGCAGUCUAGACUGGCAGGUCUACUUCGCUGAGGAGCCAGAGCCCGAGGCUGAGCCUGGAAGCUGCCUGGUCAACUCAAGCCGACCCGCCGGUUGUUGAUGGUGACUCUCUAGUUCACUCACAAGACGCCAGAAAAGCCAGGCAACUCCCACCAACACCCAGUUCUCCACUCCAUCCCCUCCCCUCCCUAUUGGUGGUUCCCUGACCUGAGGCAAGCCAAGCC